GAGGGCUGGCUGUACCAUUAGAAGAGACUGAGCCUGUAGAGAGUGCUGGCUGUACCAUUAGUAGAGACUGAGCCUGUAGUGAGUACUGGCUGUACCAUUAGUAGAGACUGAGCCUGUAGAGAGUGCUGGCUGUACCUUUUUUAUGGAUCCUUUAGGCACAAAUCACAAAGAUGAGAAGGACACUGCUUUCAUUACAGUAGAGGAGGAGGAGGAGGAGAAAGAUGAUAGCGAGACAACAGUGAUAGACGGUGAGGAGGAAUCAGAUGACAAUGAAGAAGCAGAAGACACUAACUCCCGCUGUAGCACCGAAGCGACUGACGAAGACAUUAUCGAGGAGCUGGACACCAAGGAUACAGGAGAUGCCCAGCUGGAUAAUACCCACGUCCCCUGGAUACGACUGGACAGAGAGGUCUACUUCUAUGCUGGGCACAAAAUCAACAUCGUCGAGGCAAUGGACUCCCAUGGCGGAGUGAUAUGGCCAGCAGCGUUGGCUCUAUGUAACUACCUGGAGACCAAUACUGAUGUGAUAGAUCUGAAAGGAAAGCAGGUUUUGGAACUGGGAUCAGGAACAGGAUUAGUGUCUAUCGUCGCCAGUCUACUGGGUGCCCAGGUGACGGCCACCGACCUCCCGGACGUCCUUAGUAAUCUUAGAUACAACUUGCUCCGAAACACCAGAGGGCGUUCUAAAUAUACACCUGAGGUGACAGCUCUGUCCUGGGGUCCUGAGGUGGAACGCACUUACCCACGAUCCGUGUAUCGCUAUGACUACGUUCUGGCGGCUGACGUGGUGUAUCACCACGAUUUAGAGGAGCUGUUGGUUACCAUGAAUUACUUCUGUCGUCCAGGAAACACUCUGAUCUGGGCCAACAAGGUCCGCCUCAAGACAAACCUGGUAUUCACUGAAGACUUCAAGAACACAUUCAACACCACCCUGCUGGCUGAGAUGGGAGAGGUUAAGAUCUUCAAGGCCACAUGUAAAAGGUAGGAAUUAUGGAAAGAAGGAUGAGGAACUACU